CGGGGAGGCCACAUGCUGAUACCCUCAGGGCUCCCUGACAUCAUGCGUUGGUCCUCGCAUCCCCGGACUUUAAUUCUCUACUUCUACACGCUUUCAUUCCUCUCUUCAACAUGCCUAGCAUACGUUGCCAGCAGAGACAACUGCUGCAUCUUAGAUCAAAGAUUUGGUAGUUACUGCCCGACUACAUGUGGCAUCGCAGACUUCCUGGGUAAUUACCAGUCAGAAGUAGACCGGGACCUACAGUCUUUGGAAGACACCUUAGGUCAAGUCGAAAACAAAACAUAUGAAGCCAAAGAACUAAUCAAAAUAAUCCAAAAAAUCUAUAAUCCGGAUGGCCCACCGAAGCCAGGUAGGAUAGAAGCUGCGACUAAGGAGUCUAAGAAAAUGUUGGAAGAUAUUAUGAAAUUCGAAGCAUUGAUUAUAUCACAUGAAUCAAAUAUUCGAUUUUUGAAGGACAUAUAUAAUUCAAAUAAUCAGAAGAUCGCUACCUUAAAACAGAAAGUAGUCCAGCUUGAGGAAAAGUGUCAAGAGCCUUGCAAAGACACAGUCAAAAUACAUGACAUCACAGGGAAAGAUUGUCAAGAUGUUAGCAAUAAGGGAGGCAAAGAGAGUGGACUUUACUUCAUCAAACCUCUGACAACUCAGCAGCAGUUCCUAGUCUACUGUGAAAUUGAGAAAAAUGGAAAUGGAUGGACUGUGCUCCAGAAGAGGCUUGAUGGCAGCGAGGAUUUCAAGAGAAAUUGGAUCCAAUACAAAGAAGGGUUUGGACAUCUGUCUCCCACGGGCACCACAGAGUUUUGGUUGGGAAAUGAGAAGAUUCACUUGAUAACCACACAGACGACCAUCCCAUAUGUACUAAGAGUGGAGUUAGAGGACUGGAGUGGCAGAAUCAGUACUGCAGACUAUGCCAUGUUCAGUGUGGGAAAUGAAGCUGACAAAUACCGCCUGAAAUAUGCCUACUUCAUCGGUGGAGAUGCCGGCGAUGCCUUCGAUGGCUAUGAUUUUGGCGAUGAUCCCAGUGACAAGUUCUUCACAUCCCACAACGGCAUGCAGUUCAGUACCUGGGACAAUGACAAUGAUAAGUUUGAGGGUAACUGUGCUGAGCAGGAUGGAUCUGGCUGGUGGAUGAACAAGUGUCAUGCUGGCCAUCUCAAUGGAAUUUAUUACCAAGGUGGCACUUACUCAAAGGCAUCUCCACCGAAUGAUAAUGAUAAUGGCAUUAUUUGGGCCACCUGGAAAUCUCGUUGGUAUUCCAUGAAGAAAACCACCAUGAAGAUAAUUCCCUUCAACAGAUUCAAUGUGGGAGAAGGGCAGCAGCACCACCUUGGGGGAUCCAAACAGGUCAGACCAGAGCACCAUGUUGACAUAGAAACGGAAUAAAUCAUUUUACUCUGAGAAUGAAUUUUUCAUUUCUAUUAACCCACAAAGUUUCAAAAACAUUCCUGAAAGUUCCUUCUCACUUUCUGUUACCAUAUUUAUCAAUUUUGUCUGAUAUGAAGGAUAUUUAACCUUAAAUGGAAAUUACAACUUACUUUGGAUUGUAUUCCCAAAUUACUGCACUCUGCAUUAUUUAAAAUUUAUUUAUUUGAUGAUAUAACAUUUUAUCAUUUGUCCUAGGUAUAUAUGAAAUAAUUGCCACAUUUUUUAAAACAUUUUAAUGACAACAUAUUAUUUUAUCUUGGUAAUUUAAAAAAAUUAUGCCUUAAAUAUUUUAGUACAUACUAAUAAAAUUAGUAAAUUUUAUUAAAAUUAGGAGUAAAUUCUACUUUUCAAAUGCCUAAGUAUUUUUCCAAAUGUAUCUUUCACCCAUAAUUAUUAAUAUUUAAUUCUUUUUAAAUGGAGACUAUUUAAUCUUCUUAAUAUAUUUUUUGUUUUGGUCAUAGGCUGGAGACGUUUAAAAGACCAUUUCAAAAGUGAAUUUACUUUUUUAAAGGACUUUAUCUGAACAGAUAAA